UCUUUCAAAUUUGGGAUGUUACAACUCAAAAACAACCCAAACCAAUAGAAAUGACUGACUAUUGGAUCCACAGACUUUUGCGCAGGAAAAUAUUAAAUGAACAUUCAGAUAAAAACUCUGGCAGAUGAUGUGCGUGACAGGCUAACAAGUCUUAGAAAGUCAGCUGUGAAAAAAGAGAAACCUCUAAUUCAGCAUCCUAUUGAUUCUCAAGCUUCUGUAAGUGAACUUCCAGUUGCUCAGCCACUUAUUGAUGAACGUUCUAUGAAUUUAUCCGAAAAAGAAGUUAUGGACCUCUUUGAAAAAAUGAUGGAAGACAUGAAUCUAAAUGAAGAACGGAAAGCUCCUUUACGGAAUAAGGACCUGACCACAAAGCGUGAGAUGGUUGUCCAGUACAUUUCUGCAACUGCCAAAUCUAUAACUGGAAGUAAAGUUCUGAACAUGACUAUCAACAGAAACCCAUGCCACUGGAAUACCGUAAACAAAGGAGGAUUUAUCUAUCUCGAUAUUUGACUGAAUUAAGUCUCCGAUUCAUAUACUGUUUUGCAGUAAAAAAAAGUAAUAUCUGUCAUGGGAUAUCCCUUUAGAGUAUGACAGUCAUAGCCUGCAGCCUUUGGAACUAAUUAAUCAUAAGCGUUAUAUGAAGAUUUCUAAGAAUGUGGUUUCACUGAGAGUGUUUCCUUGUUUUGAACUAGUGUUGAUAGGUGAUAAUGUGAAGUCAUUCUGUGUGGAUAUCACCUUUUGCCUUAAAGAGCUAAUCUGUGAUCUGAAAUUUCAGUGUUAAACUCAGGGCAGGAAAGCCUGGGAAAACCUGGUUGAGCUUGUGAAAAAGUAGUUACAGUACGUUUUGUUUUUUUUUUUUUAGAUAAAAGUGCUUUUCUAAAGAGGUGACUGCCCUGUUCUGUUAUAGGGGUGGGUGAGAUUAUAGAGGGUACUUAACAUGCAUAUUAGUUUAAUACACGAUGUAGAAUCAAAAUGGUUGUUUGCCGUGCAGCUUUCGGUUGGAAGAAAAUGUACCCUUUUUGAGAUGGAAUUUUUAAAUGGCACAAUAAACGAGGUAAAGAAUUAAUGAAUGUACUGGAGAGACUAAUAUUAACCUGCAGCGACUCUCGGAUGAUCCACUCCUGUGGGCCUUAAAUUUGACACCCCUUACCUACAGCAUUCUUGUUAGUCACGUCUGUGUAGCCUUAACAGAAUUUUUUUUUACCUCUAACUGGUUUAAAGGUAUAUAUUUUUUAAAACGAACAAAAACAACACUUAAGCAGUCUGUGCAUUGGAAGCAUAUUUGAAAUAAAUCAAUAUUUGACUUGAUGUGAGAACAGAUCUUGAACAAAUUUCCCAACUGUGAGAGAGUACACCUAAUAAUAGUUGGGUAAAGGUAUAUCUUUUUCCACCUCCUUUAGGAUUAGGUCACAGACGAUAACAAGAUAAAGAUUUUAAGUACCAGUUUAUUUUUAGUGGUGAUCUCGAUUCUUGCCUGCCAUGUUUCAGUAGAAAUGAAAAGGGUUUUUGUUUGUUUGUUUGUUUUUCUUAAUCUGGAGGAAUGGAUUUGAACACCACUAUAUAACCUGAAUAUGUCACUUCACCUUGUAACAUGGAACUUUGAAACCUUCCUCCAAGUCUAUAGAAAUUCAGCAAUCCUUUUUGUAAAAACUCAUAAUGAUCAAUUUUUUCUCUUUUACUUGUCUUUUAUUAUUCAAAUUACAUAACAAAAAUUAUUGUGUUUUCUUAAGUAGUUCGAGAUUUUUUUCUUCAGUUCCUAACACCACUUCUUCAGAUUUUGGUAAUUGCAAUAUUUAGCCUUAGCCAAAAUUAAGAUAAAUGAACAAAACAAGAAAAAAAACCCUCUUUUUAGAUGAAGUUGCUCAGUAUCCUCCUCUCUUUUAGGGAUACGUUUAUAAAAUAAUGAAAGUUUUUCUGACAUCUCUCCCGAUUGUCUGUGUUGGGGCUUCAGUUAUUAGAGUCCUUGCUAUGCUCGCUACUCUCCACUUCACUUUUGUUUCUUUUUUAUUUUCCAAACAUAAAAACUUAGAGGAGAAUUUUUACUUGUUUCUGUAGGGCUUCCUAUCUGUUUAUUGGGAUUCUCCGUCUAUUUAUCUGGUUUCUGUACCUCGUUUAUGUCAGUGGGUCAUCAGGUGGAGUCUAUAUUCCUACAUUGUAAGGCAUUAGUCUCUUGAUCUGCCAUCUGUUGUCUCUCCCUCGCUCCCAGCAUCCCACUUGCUUCCUUGGGCUCCUUCUUGUAUCGCAUCGCACAUCUCUGCCUCAUCUGGGUCUCUUUUCUUCCCUGCCCCCUUCUGGGGCCAUUCCAGCUUCACGGAGCACUAACUCCGGAAGCGCAGCUCCCAGUGUGCUCUCUUUUCUGUCCCUGGCUCCUGCCUGCCCUCAGGGAGCAUCGGAAUUGUCGUCUUCUCUUCCUCACACCAACAUAACCACUUUUUCAAGCAUAAAGGUGCUGCUUUAGUAAUGUAUAAUACUAGAGGGAUGGUAUUAGGAAUCUUUGCAUCCUAAGAUGUUAGCCAUUUGAAUUAAAUGAGUGAAAAGGAUGUGCCCCUGGCAGUCUCUGGGAGUAGGUCUCUGAAAGUGGGAAAAGCCAGGGCACUCCAGUUGAUUGGCAGUCACAGUCCCAGGGUGGCAACCAGAGUGUCUAGACUCCCUUGUUUCCAGAGGUAUGCCCUGGAGAUUGCUAGGAUGUGCCUCUGGAAGUGGAGAAAACUGAGGUAGGCCACUCCCUAGGCCUGAGGGGCCUACCCUGUAAAGGAAUUUAUGUGGUGCUUUUGACCAAGUCCCUCAAUUUUAAAUUAUAGACAGAAUUACCAUUUGGUAUUAUUAUACAGUGUAUACUGGGGCAUCAAAGAUGCAGCCAAUGGGCCAAGUGUCAUCAUCUGGCCUCCGGUGCUAGGCCCCUGGCACCUGUCCACCCACCGAAUCCUCAGCCCUCGCUGUACAUGGUGUGAGUCCCAGACAGGCCAGUGCAGGAGGCGCAGGUCCUGGGGUGGGAGGUACUGUAUCCAGAAAUAGGCAGAGGGAGGGAGGACAGUGGUCCAUGGGCCUGAUAUGCAGAGCCAGAUGAAUAUGACACUAGAAGUGCACUGAUAUAUCUGUCCAAUAUCGGAUCAAUACCAAAAUAAAGAAAAUUGAGUGCAUCGGAAAUCGGCCUGUUGGGGCCAAUAAUUUGGCUAAUAAAUGCCCGUGUACGUGUACAACUGCAAUGCAGCACGUAGGCAGCAAGAAGCGCAGCCCGGAAGCAUGGAGAGCUGUGUGCAGCUGAUAAGUCUGUUCUGGUGGAUGGGGAGGGGGGAAG